UGCUUCCUAAUAUUUUAAAUUAUCUAAAGACUCUACACUGAAAAUAAAUCAUAUUUAUCAUGUAUUUAUGCUCCUACACUGAAAAUAAGUCUAACGACUCUAAACAAAAACAAAGUUUUAUUUUGUCAACAUAAAGAUAUUAACUGGAAUGGUUCAUAAUCCUAAUCGGUGGUGCAAAGUCCAAGAAUAAAUCCUAUUAGGCUAUCAAUACAUGUUAAACAACCAGCAUAGUGUUCAAAUUGCGGAAUCUAAGACAUGGAGAAUGAAUAAAUAUUUUCCUCGAGAAAGCAUGCUAAUUUUCAGGGAUAUAUAUACUUCAUCUUCACAAGUAGUUCGGAAAAAUAUUGAAAAACCUUUGUCAUCGAAUUUAGUCAUACAAAUCAUGGUUAAGAUUAGUGAUUCGAGCUCUGAGUGUAUAGUAAAGAGAAUCCUACUUUACAUGUUCCAUCAGAAUUUUUUGCUUUGAGUGUCUAUACCGUUAAAUUCAAUGUUAUACUUUUUAACUCUAUGUCUAACUAAUAAUAAAAAGAUAAAUAUCAUUUGAGUGUCGUACUAUAUAUAUCUUUUGUUAAUAUCAUGUUUAAGAAGACGAUGCUAAUUAAUCUAAGUAAAAUGAUAAUCUAGCGUAUUCAGGUUUUCAUCAGAGAUGUGUACAUUAGUACAUAUAUACAUACAAAAAAUAACGUACUCAGUAGUCAGUAUAGAAAGAAAAGUGCUGCAAUUCAUUGUUAUGUUCGUCAUGCUUACGGCUUAAUUAUGAAGAAACCACGUGAAACUGAACAAGAGGCUGAUUGCUAGAUUACAAGGUUUGCUCUUUUUACGCUUUUAAUGCUGUUUCAUUUUCGGAUUUAUACUUUGUGGUCAAGGGACCCUCCAAAUUUAGAAAAUAAAAAGAAGUAGUUUGGUGGUUUCUGCAACAUCUUUGUCUCUUAGGGCAAAAAAUGAUGGCAAGAAGCUUUAAAACUCUCUCUUUUCUUUUGGCGGUGGAUUGUGCCGUGUCUCUGAAGGCAAACAUGAGAGAGGUGCGUCAAUCACAAUGACGAUUCUUGGCCUUCAUUGCCGUAUAGAGACAAGGCCUUAAAGUACGUAUAUUAUUAGGCUGAAGCAUUGAAGCCAAAAUAAAAUUAAGCUCAAGUAUAUAUCAGAUAGAUAUGACGUGGUCCUCCGAUCUUCAGGGUGUUACAUGUGAUAUAUAAAUGAUCUACCAUAUCCUAUUACAUUUCCCUAUAGUCUAUAGGAUACAUCUCCAAGAUUUAAUUUGAUUUUGUACUCAAAGCAUGUGGAUCCGUAUGUUGACAAAAAGGAAAAAGAGAAAGGCAUAUGGAUCCGUCUAUGUAUGUAUGAGCUUUGUAUGGAUAAAUAUGCUAAUAAUGUGCAUAACAAUUUGACGUAGUUACAACUUUCCUUAUGGGGUAAGGUGGUCCUAAGUAUAUACGAAAAUAAAAAUAAUGAUAAUGAAGUUUGGCAAGCCAGUGAAAUUCCAAAUCUGGCCACCAAAUUGGUUUGACUUCACGCACUAUGACUCUUGAAUGUCCCGCUCUAGAUUCUCACUGUAUCCGGAUUUAACAAAGUUUUCAAAAAUGUUGGGUUAUACAUUCUCACUGUAUCAGAAUAUUUAUUUUCUGCCAAUUUCUAUAUUGCCAGUACGUCGAAAUGAGUAGCCGAAAAGAAAAAUAUGUCAUCGGAUCGUUCUUUAAAAAUUUUUAGGUGCUUGUGAAACCCGGACUGGCAAAUCUCUGAGCAUACGUAUCUAAGAUUGAUUAAGCAAAUAUAGCAAUUGAUAGAUAAGUGAUCGGAGUCUCGUGUGGGCAAGAACAGAGAACGCAUGUGACUGAUAUACUGAAUCCCAUGUAGCCACUUUAAAUACAAUUGAGGGUUGAGGGCUUUCAUCAUCAACCAAAGUUAAUCAGAACAAUUUGGAUGGGCACAUUGAACCAACACCUAAUAUUUUUGUAAUUUACAAACUCUUCUAAAAUACUUUAAAGAAAAGAUCAAUUUUAAAAAUAUUUAGUAUAUAUCAAAAUAAAUUAAAGUAUCUGAUCACUUAACGUUAUUUUCAGGUUUAUCACCUGCAGUAAAUCUGUUUGAAAUUCCGAACUUAACAGUGGCAACUAUACACGAGGGAUCUAAUAAGAUCCAAAUAUCCAAUAUCGCACCUCCCUCAAAUGUCUAGUUAUUUGGAAAAUCUUUUAAAACGUAGUUGGCGAAUAAUGUUUGUUUUCUACGUAUUUCUGGAAACGGCUAACACGAGUUACUCAUUUCUAUAUGCAUUUAAAAAUGUGCAGCCAUUAAUAAUAGUAGCUUACUUGCUCUAACUAGUUCAUUCUAGAAAAAAAAUAGCGACGAAUUUUCUUAUCACCAUGACGUUUUACUCUAAAACAAAGUCAUCAGUUAAUAACCUGUAAUCGAGAAGCACGUAUACUUCUUUAUAUUAUAUGCUCCUUAAUACGUGUAUUGAGGAAAGUUUAUUCUUUUAACAACUCAAAAACAAUUAGGAAAAGAAAAUAUAAAACUAUCUAGUCUUUUUCAUUUUGACAUCAAUAUAAAGUUAUCUAGUCUCCAGCGAAUAUCCACCAUAGGAAAUAAUUGUUAAAAAAAAAAUUCACUAAAACAAUUUUAUUUUACGAAGCCAAUAAACACAAAGCGAGACAUUGUCCUUAUACUAUAAAACCCCCUCUCAAACUCGGUCCAUCAAUUCACUCAUCACCUAUCUCUUCCAUUUUCCAAAUCACUAAACUUUCUACAACCAUUAUGGCGACCUCACGACUAGCAAGAUUCAUAACGGAGGUUGCGCCACCGCAGUUUGUCACGGUGAUGCGGCGAAGAACGGCCAAAGUACUCGACACGAUCAAGGAGGAAGAGAGAGAAGUUGGGACGACCGAUCACUCCAUAUUUUCUUCUUCUUUGACUUCCAAAAUCUCACCGUUCACUUCUCCUAAUCCUUCUUCCUCCUCCUCUGGUUUGGCUUCUGCUUCAUUAUGUGCGGGUCCGACCAGUUUUCCAUUGACGGAGAAUCGGAGCUCUUUUCCGGUUUUCAAGAACUGAAUAAAGGUCAUCGUAUCAGGAGCUGCUUUCCAUAUGCUAUUAUGUAUAUCUGUGUGUAUGCUUCCGUUGUUGUCGGAUGAUCGGAGUUUUUUUCCCUUAACGGGUUGAUCAAACCCGGAUCAGCAUUGUGAAGCCCAAUCGGGUUGACCCGAUUCAUUAUAAUUGUAUAAUCAUCAUGUGGAAGGGACUUUGUUCAACGUCGUUGUCAUUGUAUUGUUAAUUUGAAAAAAUGAUCCCAAAUAAAUAAUUUAGUCACACUAUAUUGUUGUCGUUCAAACAAAAAGUCACACUAUAUUGUCUUUUAGUUUGAAAAUUUCUGUAUAUAAAAAUCAAGGUCUUUAUGUGUUUA